CCCCCGCCCACCUCCCGGGUUGGUAUAUAAGCCCCUCCCCCAGCAGGAGGCGGCACCAGACCUCCCUCACCUCCUGAGUCUCCCUCCUCCCCUCUCCUGAAUCCUCUCUGCCGACACCAUGGGGUGCUGUGGCUGCGGAAGUUGCGGUGGCUGCGGCGGCUGCGGCGGUGGCUGUGGUGGCUGCGGUAGCGGCUGCGGUGGCUGCGGCGGCGGCUGUGGCGGCUGCGGCGGCGGCUGCGGCGGCGGCUGCGGCGGCGGCUGCGGCAGCUGCACCACCUGCAGGUGCUACCGGGUGGGCUGCUGCUCCAGCUGCUGUCCCUGCUGCUGCGGCUGCUGCGGGGGCUGCUGCAGCGUCCCCGUGGUCUGCUGCUGCCGCCGCUCGUGUGGCUGCAGCUCGUGUGGCUGCGGCUCGUGUGGCUGCGGGAAGGGCUGCUGCCAGCAGAAGUGCUGUUGUCAGCAGAAGUGCUGUUGCAAGAAGCAGUGCUGCAGCUAAGGCUGCGGUGUGCAGAGCUGGUAAGACUUCCUCUUCCCCCGCCUUGAAAAUACUCCCUUCCUGUCUCUCUUCCGUGCCUUAAGUCCUUCGAUCAGAAGUCCCCGAACCAAGAGAAAUUACCUAAUGGAAGAAAUCCGUAUGCAGCCCAGCACCAGAGCAAUUGUGCAAAUUACUAAUGAAGUCAUGAUUCCGAAUACCUGGUUGGCUGGAACUAUCCACUGUCUUUCAGUUCUGUCUUUGCCCACUUUUUCUCGUCUUCUUGCAUAGUUUUUUCCCCUUUUUUCUUGUGUGUUCUUAGUCAUUGCAUAAUCCUGUCUAAAUUUCCUAAUAAAAUAAAAACUAGAAGUCCAUCAAAA